AGUUCAUAAGUGAACCUGAGUUUCUUUGAAAAAAUGCCAAAGAAAGGUAAAAGAUCUCAGGCUGCUAAGACACGCUGGCAGAAGUUUGAUGACUUUCUGGAAAGUCCAUGUGACGGUUCUAAAGAGAUAAAAGAGAAAUCCUCAAAAGUUUGUAAUGGUGAGAAAGAAAACCCUUCUUGUGAAUCAAAGAUUGCAUAUGCAGAUGCUGUGAAGAACAAACAGCAGCUUGAUGCUCCAUGUGAGGCAGGACCAACUCGUGCAGGUAAAAUGAAAACAAGAGUGAGAAAAGAGAAGCCAACACCCUCAGUGAUGUCAUAUGCUGAAGUUGUGAAAAGAGGAAAAAACAGUGAUGAACUUUGUGCAGCCAAACCCUUACAUGCUCAACAUGUAAAUGAACCACCCCAACCUUCUGUGAGACAACUCUGUGCUUCUUGGAGCCAGGCUUCUGGGAGAUAUGGAAAAUACAAAAACAUGCAGUGCACCUGUAACUCUCUGACAUUUCUGGCUUUUCUAUGUGAAGAUGAGAACAUCACCACAGCUGACCUUGACCUGGUUUUAGAUAAAGGUAAUUCCAUGUACACAGAUGCCAGAAAAAGAUUCCCUGCUGACAACCACCUUGCCACUGAUCAACUUCCUGAGACGGUACCUGCUCGCAGGUGUGUGUAUGAUGCAGACAUGUCAGUUCUGUCACGUUAUGGCACUUUUGGAGACCCUCCUCCUGGAUCAGUGGAUGAAUUCCUGAGGUUUGAUGCUGGAAUUGCUUGUUUGCAGACAGAAAUUCAAUAUGCUUUACUGAUAAUGUUGGAUUUGUGCAUUGCUGUGUUCAGAACCAGUUCUGGAAGAUUUGGUUUCUUUGACCCCCACUCCAGAAGCCCAGAUGGUUUACCCACUCCACCUGACAUGUUUGACAGAGAAAGUGGUACAGCUGUGAUGCUGACAUUCACAACUCUCUAUGAAAUGAUUGACUGGCUCUCUUUAUGUUACUCUAUGAAUGGAGCACAGCCCUCAAGUGUGUACGAACUGAAACCUGUGAAGUUUCUA